AUGCCAGACUCCAUCAAAUACACACCUCCUCCCUCUCCUCCAUCGCCGACUGCCUCGUUCUAUGAUGUGAGUGAUGAAGACGAGGAUGAAUAUAACACCAUCGCCCAUGCCCACUCCAGCCGCGGCGUGAAGCUACUCUACUCCAAGAGCAAGGUCUAUGUUCAUCCUACCUCCUCCUCAAAGGAUAAUAUUGCUGGAUUCAUCGCUCUUAUCCAGCAGAAGCCUGUUGCUUCCAACCCUGCCGCCCCCGCAUCUCCCAAUGACGCUGCCUCUUUCUUGCUCGCUUGGGUGCCAGAAUCAUCCUUAGGCGAUGCAUUGGAUACAUAUGUGAAGGUUGAUCUUGCUGAUGAUGAUUCACCGCCACGCCAGCGGAAUCUUGUUCCCGCCCUUCCGGCCACAACCACCCAUAAAGACCCCGUCGGUCUGUACUCCUUCGCUGUGCCGGUAUCACACAUUUAUUCGCUCACCGUGCGUCCUCCAAGCAUCGGAUGGUGGUUUGGAAGCCUGAUCAUCAACACCAAGUCUGGCGAUAGCUUUCCCGCCCUGUUCUUCCACGACAGCGAGUGUGAAUCAACGAUACUACAGAAGAAGAAACGGGUCAAGGAGAGCUUUGAUCCGUUUGACGGUGAGGGUGCCCUUUUCUGGGGUGGUGAUGAAGUCUUAAGGUGGCUCCGAAAAUAUGUGGAGGUGGAGCGAUCCUCAGUGGAUAAGAGCGUCUAUCUCAUCAACCCCUCGCAGGAAGAUCAGCUUUCAUUUGGAAAAGGCGGUCUCGGUGGCGACGGUUCCUUGAUAGCCAAGGCGGAUCCAGAAGCGGCUUCUGCGGGCCCCAGUGGGGGGCAACGAGAUGCUGGUAUGGAUCCCUUCAUGAAAACCCUCAAGGAGACCCGCUGGAAAGUGCUCGAGGGCCUCAGCAAGAUCACGACAUUCACACGGCGGACGGCAAACGAUCUUGCCGAGAACACGCGCAUCCCACCUCAGGUGCGACGCUUGAUGAAAAAUCCGGAGAUUCAAACCCUACAAGAUGAAUUCGACAGUGCCAGGAUUUACUUGGCCCGAUGGGCCAUGAGCAUUGCCGAACAGAGUGAGAAAGACCGACAACAGCGCAUUUGGACCGCCCAGGAUGUUCUGGAAUCAGAGAAUAGCUCUGUGGGCGAGUUUGAGAUUUUGGAGAUGGAGACAGGAAACCUGGGUCUGCAAGACAAGCGCCGAAUUGUUACGCUAUCCGAGUGGACUAGCUUUUUUGAUCCGGUCUCCGGGCGCUUGCAAAUCACCGUGGAAGAAGUCAAAGAAAGGAUUUUCCACGGUGGGUUGGACCCCAAUGACGGCGCACGAAAAGAAGCUUGGCUGUUUCUCCUUGAGGUCUACCCAUGGGAGAGUAGCCACGAAGAGCGACAAGCGAUCAUGAACUCCAAACGCGAUGAGUACAUUCGGCUGAAAGCUGGUUGGUGGGAGCGUAUGGUGGAGGGUAGUUCAACAGCAGAGGAGUAUGACAACUGGAAGGAACAACGAAAUCGUAUAGAGAAGGAUGUUCAUCGAACCGACCGCACCGUCCCUCUCUUUGCUGGGGAGGACAUUCCUCAUCCCGACCCUGACUCGCCCUUUGCUGAUUCUGGCACCAAUGUUCAUCUGGAACAAAUGAAGGAUAUGCUCCUCACUUACAAUGAAUACAACCCUGAACUGGGCUAUGUACAAGGAAUGAGUGACCUCCUCGCUCCUCUCUAUGCGGUCAUGCAAGAUGACGCUGUGGCUUUUUGGGCUUUCGUGGGCUUUAUGAACCGAAUGGAGCGAAAUUUCCUUCGAGACCAAUCGGGGAUGCGAGCUCAGCUCCUCGCGUUGGAUCAUUUAGUCCAACUCAUGGACCCCCAGCUAUAUCUUCAUCUCCAGUCCGCGGACAGCACAAACUUCUUCUUCUUCUUCCGAAUGCUACUUGUUUGGUACAAGCGGGAAUUCAAAUGGAGCGAUGUUCUUCGACUAUGGGAGACCUUGUGGACAGACUAUUACUCCAGUAGCUUCCACUUGUUCAUUGCUUUAGCUAUCCUUGAGAAACAUCGUGAUGUGAUCAUGGACCAUCUCAAACACUUUGACGAAGUUCUCAAAUACAUCAAUGAGCUCUCCAACACAAUGGACCUCGUCCCUCUGCUCACCCGCGCCGAAUCGCUGUUCCGUCGCUUUGAGCGUUCUGUUCAAGCCAUCGACAAGAAAGACAAUUUCCCUGCCGCUCCAACUACCGUUCAACGCCGACCAACAGGCUCUACAGAUUCUGGUAAAGGAAAGUUUCCACAAUCCUCGACAGUCGGAUCUGCAAGUGGGGCCCAAGCUUCUCACUCUACCCUCCAAAAAAUGAUGGAUGCGGACAGACCCAAGGUCAUCUCACCUGAAUUACGAGAGCUCCUCAGGAAGGAUAUUCCAUGGAAACAUAAGCAAGUGAAUGAGUCCACUUAG